UUUUUAAACUCAGAGUAACCCAGGGUUUAUUCAGUCGCCAGCCAUCAGCAAGUUCUGCGAUAAUCAGCUGUCUCAUUGGCUGUAGAACGGACUGUAGCACAGCGCUAAUAAAAGAAUAGUAAGCAAAGCAGUGAGCCAGGAGAGAGCUGCGAGUGAGUAUGACAAGGAGCUAAUGUACAGUACAAUACAACUGAUGACUCGAAUGAGCAGUUCAGUAUACAAGUGAAGUUCAUUGAAAUCUGUACCGACGUGUUUAUGACAGUCCCGUGAUAUCAGUAGUAAAAAAUAAACGUGGUGAUAUAUUUUAAGAUUUAAAAACAGUUACUGGUGUCUCAAUACAUUUGCGAUGUUCUUAACAUUGGAGGAUAGUCGCCAUUGAAAAAAAUUAACAACGUCCGGUCGAGUGUCUUGAGUUAUUAUGUUUAAAUGUAUACAUGAUAUAUAAUAAAGAGAGCAACAGAAGUUUAUAAAGAUUCAUCAAGGAUGAAGGUUGAAGGAUAAUUGCGAGGUCGUGAGAGAAACAGGAAACUGGCUAUCAAUAAUCGAUUGAUACGCUCAGCUACCUUGUAAAUUAUAAUCUUAAAGUUUAUUAUAUAUCUAUAUAUCUAUAUAUAUGUAUAUGUAACAAUUAUUAUUAGAACUGGUGCUGGUGAAUUUGUUUUUAUUAUCAAUCUGUGAAUGAGAUAAAAAAUUUAAGUGGCCUUGACAGUUCGAGAAAUGACGAAACAGUGAUUGGUCUUUGGUUUUGUUGAAGAAUAAAUAAAUAAUGAGUUCAGUGUGGAAAAGAUUACAGAGGGUGAACAAGAGAGCUGCCAAGUUCCAGUUCACUGUUUCUUAUCAUGAACUUACUCUAGAGACAACGUCUAAAUGGAGACCUAAUAAAUUAAGUGUAGUCUGGACAAGAAGAAGUAGAAGAGUUAGUUCAGAUCCACUAGAAUGGGAGCCUUGUUUGAGCGACCCGAUGAUUGGAAUUGUCAGCUGGGCUGUUCCUGACAACCACACAGUGUCUGUGACACUAUUCAAAGACCCACGUACUCAUGAACUUGAGGACAAGGACUGGACUUUUGUUGUUGAAGACGUUUCAUCAACGGGGAAAAGAAGACAUGUCGCUGCCACAAACAUUAAUAUGAAAAAAUAUGCGACCCUGGAAUCAAGUCAGCAACAGCUCAAAUUAGAUCUCAAACCAACGUCGAAAAAAAUAGUUCGCGCUACGUUGGAGUGCACUUUAUCAUGCGUAUUUCUAAGAGAAGGCAAAGCUACAGAUGAAGACAUGCAGAGUAUGGCCAGCUUGAUGUCAGUUAAUAACAACAGCGAUAUCGCGCCAUUAGAUGAUUUUGAUAAUGAAGACAUUCCUGAGGAUGUUGAAGAACUUUCGCUGAAAAAUCUGGACGAGAUUCUUGACAUUUCAACCCAGUUGGACAUGAUGACCAACAGCCUGACAGAGAAUGAAAUCCCCAGCACUCCGAUAAGCGUGGCCAGUUUGGUCAAAGACGACGCAACUCCGGUAAAUGAUCAAGUAAACGUUACACGUGAUGUCAGUUUGACGGCAAUUCCUGAUAAUAUCAAGGACAGGUCGCCUAUUAAAGAUGAAAUCGCCGUCGAAAAUGAUAAAAACGCUUCGAUGAGAUCCAAACUACAGCCAUUGGAUUUGAAAAAAAAUGAAACAUGCGCACCCCGUAUGCGAGAAAUAACUCCAGGUCAAGAUCUUUUGGAGUGGUGUAAAGAUGUUACACGUAAUUAUUCUGGGGUAAAAGUAACAAAUUUAACAACGUCCUGGCGUAAUGGAAUGGCAUUUUGCGCAAUAAUUCAUCACUUCAGACCUGACCUUAUCGACGUCGAUUCAUUGUUGCCGCAUGACGUCAAAGGUAAUUGUAAAAAGGCAUUCGACGCGGGGGAAGCACUCGGUAUUCCACGUGUUAUAGAGCCAGCUGAUAUGGAUAUACUAACUGUACCCGAUAAGCUAGCGGUAAUGACGUAUUUGUAUCAAUUAAGAGCACAUUUUACUGGUCAUGAAUUAGAGGUUCAUCAAAUCGGUAAAACUGCGGACGAGUCAUCGUAUAUGAUUGGUAGGUUCAAUACGGACAAUAAUUCUGAGGUGAGUGUACAAUUAUUCGGUCAGGAGAUAAUAAAUAUGCGGAAAAAAGAAAACAUUGAACAGAGAAGCAACAAAAGUGCUGAUACCAAUACAAACAGACGAUCAAAUCCGUUUGAUUAUAAAAGAGAUGAUAGUUGUGGUGAAUCCUUAAAAAAUAAACUACAUCUUAGUUUAAAUACUGACAUUCAGGACAACGAGUCAGGUAAAGAUAAAUCACCGUCUAGUGUCAAAGACGUCAAGGACAUUAUUCUCGCUAGCUCUAAAAGUAUCCUUGGAAAAGUUUUGUCACCGACUAAGGAAAAAUAUACAAGAGAAAAGAGCAAAUCACCACCGCGGUCACUUCAUGUUCAACAACGUCCAAUUCUUAUGACGAGACGUCAAUUAACAGAUCCAUUUGGAUCUGACGACGAAGAAGAAAAUAUUCAAGUUAUUGAUGACAAGUGGUCUCAAUCGAUUUCUAUCACCAAGUCACCGACCUCACCUCGAGACGAGUUGAUAGAUCGAGCUAUACGAGCGAAUUCCGAAGGUCCUCGUGGUCUUUCUCCAUUGCACGGCGAAUUGCGAUCACAGCAUCCGCUGGUCACUCGACAUGACGAGCUGAGAGAGCGCGCUCGGCAACUUUUAGAGCAGGCUAGAAGUCAGUCUAAAACAUCAGCAUUGUCCUCACCAGUUUCGAGUCCCGUUGAAUCACAAAAUGAGGACGAUCGGCAACAGCAGCUGCGUGAACGAGCACGACGGCUGAUUGCCGAGGCACGUAUGGGUGUUGUUUUAACACCUAGUCAGCUUGCUGAUGAUAAUAAUAGUGAUAGAAGAUCUACCGAUGAUCAAAAUAAUAGUCCAAGACGUAGUAUGACUCCAUCGACACCCGGAGACCGCUUGAGUAUAAAGUCGGAGUAUAAUGGAAAUAUACUCGCUAAUGCCAGCGCUAUCGACAGUGAUAAAAAAACCAACUCUCCAAUGUAUUCUUACAAUAAAAUAAUUGAAAGAAUUUCUCCAGAUAAAAUUAGUCCAGAAAAAAGUCCGCAGACAAUUAGAGGGUUGGGUAAGGAUAUGACGACUUACAUACAAAAUGAAUUGGAGGCAUUGGAAAGAGAGCAAAGUCAAAUAGAUAUACAAGCGGCUAAACUUGAAAAACAAUUACGAGCCGCGAUGGAGAGUGAUAAUGAAGAAGACACUGAGCGACUCAUGUCACUGUGGUUCACUCUCGUUAAUAAAAAGAACGCCUUGUUAAGACGGCAAAUGCAACUUAAUAUUUUAGAGAAGGAGGAUGAUUUGGAGCGACGUUUUGAAUUAUUGAAUCGUGAAUUACGCAGCAUACUUGCUGUCGAAGAUUGGCAGAAAACAGCCGAGCAGAAAGUCAGAGAAAAUCUUUUACUUGAAGAACUGGUUUCGAUCGUAAAUAAACGGGACGAGUUGGUCCAUCAUUUAGAUACGCAAGAAAGAGCAAUUGAAGACGAUGACGAGAUCGAACGUGAUUUGUCACGUGCUGGCUUGGCGCAGCGGAAUAAAAAUUGCGUGAUACAGUGAAUAAUGAUAACUAGCAAUAACUAUUUAAUAUAAUUUUUUUUUUUUUUUUUGCUAAUGGAGUUGCCAAAGAAAAUGAUAAAGUUGCGUCGCAUGUGUCAGUGAUUAAUUUACAACUUACGAUAUUAAAAAAAAAAAAACUCAUUUAUAAAUCGGUGCGGUUUAAUAAUUUUAUAAAAGCAAACUUUUUUUACCUGCUGUUGCUUGUUCAAAGGCUUUAGUUUGCUCACUAAGUUAUUUUAUUAAUUAUAUGUAAAGAAGUAUAGACUAAUUUUUAGUUAGUUAGUUAGUAAGUAAUUAAUUAAUUAAUUAAUUAAUUAUAGAAAAAGAAGUAAUAGAAAUACUAACGGAUUUCCGCGUAGGUUGUUCAAACACUGCGCACGCAGUCUAAUAAUUAAUAAAUAAAGUUUCUUAAUUACUUAGGUAUACUUUUAAAAAUAUAUAUUAUGUAUAACUGGUGGCAAAAUAAUUAUUCAGUAUAAACACAAUAAUAAAUUCGUCCGAUAAAAUUUAAAAACACUCGGUAAGUUAUAAUAUUUAUAAUAAUAAUCGACAUACUCAAGUCUGUGCCAUAAAAUCGUCAUGUGACAGAUCGAUUUAAAUAAAUGGCAUCCGUGUAGAUUUUGAUUAUCGACAUUAAAAAUAAUCGAAAUAAUAAAUUUUAUUAAUAUUUUUCAUUGCUCACAAUUGAAUUUUUUUCUACACAUGAUGACUGUUGCUAACUGACUGUUUAAAUUUUUUUUUAGAUAUUUUUUUUAUAGUUUAUUAAUAAGAAAAAAAGUAAAUAAAUAAAUGAAAGAAAGAAAGUAAUAAAGUUAUAAUUAAGUAUGUAUAUUUUGCUCUAAAUUUAUUGUAAGUAAAAUAUUAAGAGAUGGAAAAUAUUUUUUUAAUUUGCCUAAUUAAUGUGUUGAACCACAAUUUAUGCCAAAUUUUUUAACAUUGUUAAUUCGUUGUAGUAAAAAUUAAAAAAAAACGUACAAGUAUAAUGAUAUAGAGUAAAAAAAAAUUAGUGCUGACAUUUUGCUAAUUUGACCUUCACGUGCACUAUUAUGCAGCCUCUUUAAUUACGAUUUAAAAAGCUUCAAUAGUAAUUGCGAUAUUUAUUGUAAAAAUCAUACGAAUGUAAUUUUAAAUUCCAAUAUCGAUAUUUAUAAUAAUUUUUACUUAAUUCCUCUCUGGAAUUCGAUUCAUUUCAUAAUUUUUUUAAUCGAUAUUUUAUAAACCCACUGGUUGCAUCUUCAGAUCUUUAAGGUCAUUUCUCAGUCAGUGUUUCUCACUUUGUAAAAAAUUUCAAAUAAUGACAGCUGUCAUAAGCGUUUCAAAAUUUUAUUAAAUAAAAAAUUGUGAAAUGGAUCGAGGAUGAGCUAGAAAUAUAUUUAUUAACUGAUCAAAAUAUUCACAGUUGUAUAUAUAAAUAUAUACCCAAGUAUAUGUGACCUACAAGAUAGAAGUAUUCAAGUUGUUUUUUGACCUAUCGAUCAGAUACUGAAUUCAGCCAUCUAAUAAUUUUUGAAUUUUUUUAAAAACGAUAAAUUAUAAAAAACAAAAAUUUUUAAAUAAUUGCACUUGUAGUUUUUUAAAUUUUCUACACGUGCAUAUUUUUAGUUUUUUUUUUUUAAUCGAAUUAUUAAAGUAAAAAAAAUCCAAAAAUUACUAAUUGUUAACUUCAGGAUCAUUAGAUAAGGCAGUUGACAAAUCGAUCAGAAAUUCAUGUCACCGAAAAAAUAUCUGGUUUAAAAAAUUUUACAUAAGUGACGUCAAGAAGUUAAUUACAAAUCAAAAAUUUUUUUAAUUGGAAAAAAAGACAAAUUUCUUGGCUUCUAGACCAACAUCUGUACCUUAUUUAUAUUUAUAUAAAAAAAAACUUGGCUUUGAGACAAAAAAUAAUUCUUGUCCAUUUAAAAGACAUCUUAAAGUCGUCUGUGUUACUCGGUUAUAUAUUUAAAUACUAAUAUAAAAAGUAAUAAUAAUAAAUAUUGUAUUGGAAUUUUAUAAAGAAGUAUCGAUUAAAUCAUCAAUUGUACGCUGAUGUGAGAGCUUAUUUAUAAAUGUUGACACUUGGUCUGACUAAUCUGCUAGUAUAUUAUCAUUGUCAUUAAUUUAAAUAAAAGUAAUAAUUGUAAGAGUGAUCUCUGUACAUACCGCCGCUCUCGCCUAUUCAUUCAAAAGUUUUUAUUUUAAAUUUGAUUGAGUGAACGAUAAUAUAUAUAUUUAAUAAUUAUAAUAUUAAUAUUAGUAUUAAAAAUAAUAAUAAUAAAAUGUUCAUUGACGUCAGCAAUACAAUGCAAUAAUUGAUAAUUAUAGACUUGAGCUUCGCGAAUAUCAUAACAUGAUAUUUAUUAUUUAACAAUUAAAAUACUUAUCAUAAAUUUUAGUGUUCUGUCGUCGAUGGAUAAGCGAUAAUUUAAAUAAUAAAUUUUAUUUCAAUUUUUUUUCUAUCAUAUUGUAUU